AUGGAACUUACAGGCCUGGUCGCCUCAGGCAGCUCAUAUCUGGAGCGAUCCUCCCGUCCUCUUGCAGAUCAGACCUGCGUCUACAACAUAACUACUCACAUCGCAGAGAGCCUCGUUGUAGCAUCCAUAACUGAGUGUAAGGCACCCCACAAGCUGCCGCUUGGUUACAUCUACGAAGGACUGGAAGAUAUGGAGCUCGAAGAAGCGAUUUGCUGCAAAGACAUCGAUCCUCCGCAACAGCAUGCGCGUUGGUUCUCAACCGUGGCCAUCAACCAAGCUUUCUCCUACUUCGUAUAUGGUAAACAUGGGGCUAGAGUACGGUUGUGUUUGCACCGGCGAAGCAUCCGUCUUCCUACGGAUAUCCGACGACCCUGA